AUGGCGAAGAUGGAGGAUGGCGAUGGGAGGAGGUGGUUGGCGAAGGACGCCGGCGUGUGGCAUUACAAUAAAUCUUUCAAGUGGUACGAGUAUGAGCAGGAGCGGUUCUGGACGGCACAUCGGCACCCACCGGAUGUUCGUACACUUAUGCUCGUUCCAGGCCCUAAGAGACCAAAUGCAGGUCUCAACACUCCCAACUCAAUCAACAAUGCUUCCAAUCUCAAAGGCGAAGAUAUCCGCAACAACUUUGUGGGUCAUCUGUGGAAGGCCUUGGAUCAGGCCGGCGUGAGGACGUUCAUGGAUAGCAAGGAACUGAGGAAGGGAGAGGGAAUAUCACCCUUGAUCACGAGGGCGAUCAAAGAAUCACGCGUUGCUGUCAUCAUCUUCUUGGAGAGCUAUGCUUCAUCGCCAUGGAGCUUGGAGGAGCUAGCGCAGAUAUUGGAGUGCAAGAAGAUGAAAGAACAGGAUUCAGAGAGAGUGAAGAAAUGGAGGGAAGCUCUUGUUGAAGCUGCUAAUUUGUCUGGGUGGCAUCUGGACAACGGAGAUGAAUCCAGUCUAAUUGAGAGCAUAACUAAAGAGAUCUCAGUCAAAUUAGGCACAGUGCCCCUCCAUGUUUUAAAGCAUCCAGUUGGAAUAGAUCACCGGGUAGAGAAAGUCGAAUUGUUGUUGAGAAUGGAACUUAGUGAUGCUCACAUGGUGGGAAUCUGGGGGACUGGAGGCAUAGGAAAGACAACUAUUGCUAAAGCUGUUUACAAUGCUCUCCAUAGACAAUUUGUCAACCGCUGCUUUCUCAACAAAGUGGGCGAAACAUCGAAAAAUCACGGCAUGGUUCAUCUGCAGAAGGAACUUCUGCAUAAGAUGUUGCGGACAAAAGGCUUAGAAGUGUCGAGCGUUGAUGCGGGGAUUAAUUUGAUACGGGAUAGACUCUGCUGCAAAGAGGUUCUUCUUGUUCUUGAUGAUGCGACUGAUAUGGACCAAUUAGAUGCAUUAGCCGGAGAAUGUGACUGGUUCGGUAAAGGAAGUCGGGUCAUCAUUACAACAAGAGAUAAACAUUUGCUCACUUCUCACACUAUAAGUGAAAUAUACGAGGUCAAACCUUUAAAUCACACUGAAUCUCUUGAGCUCCUUAGUAGUCAUGCUUUUCCAAGGGGUGAGAAAAUGGAGAUGAGUAGGGAUCUGGUGGACGACGUUCUGAGGUAUGCGAAUGGGCUUCCUCUAGCGCUUGUAGUGUUGGGUUCAUUUUUUAAUGGUAGAAGCAAAGACCAGUGGAAGAGCGCAUUGAAUAAACUUGCAGAGCAUCCGAAUGAAAUGAUCAAUAAUGUCCUGAAGAUUAGCUUUGAGGCCCUAGAUGAUCAACAGAAGGAAAUUUUUCUCGAUAUUGAAAUCAGAUUUUUAGAGAGAGCAAAAGGGAGAGAAAGAGAGAGAGUCGGUUGCGUACGGGUGCAUCCGCCGCGUCCGCGCUGCCCCUCCGCCGUGCCUGGGUCGCUGCCACUGCUGUUCCGCAGCGCCCAAAGGACUCUGCAGUUUAUCCCCGGCGGUGCUGCUCUCCCUCGUGGUCACCUUGAACGCCGCAGGAUAACUUCUUGCUCCAACCGGCCACCGUGA